AAGUGUCCGGGACAGGAGGGGGGGGGGGAAAGUGUCCAGACUGGAAGGGGGGGUGAAAGUGUCCGGACUGGAAGGGGGGGAAAGUGUCCAGACUGGAAGGGGGUGAAAUACUGUCCGGACAGGAAGGGGGGGAAAGUGUCCGGACUGGGGGGUGAAAGUGUCCGGGACUGGAAGGGGGGGAAGUGUCCAGACAGGAAGGGGGGAAAGUGUCGGGACAGGAAGGGGGUGAAAGAGUGUCCGGACUGGAAGGGGGGGGAAAGUGUGGACUGGAAGGGGGGGGGUGAAAGUGUCCGGACUGGAAGGGGGGGAAAGUGUCCGGACUGGAAGGGGGUGAAAGUGUCCGGACUGGACUGGGGGUGUAAGUGUCCGGACAGCAAGGGGGGGGAUAAGUGUCCGGGCUGGAAGUGAGGAAAAGAGAAGGAAGAGGAAAGGGGGGAGA